AUGCGCUUCUCAAUCUUCGCUCUCGCCACAACGGCAGUCCUAGUCUCUGCAGCUGCGCCCAACAACUCCAUCCCCUUGGGAAAGGAAUGCACCACUGACGCCGAGUGCUUUGGCAAUUCCGAAUGCUACGGCCAGACCAAAGAUACGAUUCCCGUGUGUGGAAACUUCAACGCAGGCUGCAAGUCAAAUGCAGACUGCGCAUACAACUCCUGCGACAACGGACUUUGCAGCGGUUACAUUGCUCCCCAUUCCAUCGCACUGGGUGAAACUUGCGCCUCCGAUGAGCAGUGUAAAGGAAAUUCCACCUGCUACGGCCAGACCAAAGACACCAUUCCCAGCUGUGGAAAUUUCAACGCGGAAUGUACAAGCGAUGCGGAUUGUGCGUACAAUACAUGUCAGGCGGGACUCUGUAAUGGGUUCCUCGCUCCUCAUUCCUAUCAAUUGGGCGAGACUUGCGUUCUGGAUGAGCAGUGUGUGGGAGAUUCGACCUGCUAUGGCCAGACGAAGGAUACUAUUAAGCAGUGCGGAAACUUCAAUGCGAAAUGCUCCAAGGACGCGGACUGUGCGUACAACACUUGUGAGAAUGGUCUCUGCAGUGGAUACCGCGGUUAA